AUGACGACCCAACAAGGAGCGAUCUCCAAGCGUCGCAAGUUCGUCGCCGACGGUGUUUUCUAUGCCGAACUGAACGAGUUCUUCCAGCGUGAGCUGGCCGAAGAAGGCUACUCUGGUGUCGAAGUCCGAGUUACUCCCACCGUCACCGAUAUCAUCAUCCGAGCCACACAUACCCAGGAAGUCCUAGGCGAGCAGGGACGACGAAUUCGCGAACUCACCUCCCUCAUCCAGAAGCGAUUCAAAUUCCCCGAGAACAGCGUCUCCCUAUACGCCGCCAAGGUUCAGAACCGUGGUCUUUCUGCCGUCGCCCAGUGCGAGUCCCUCCGUUACAAACUCCUCAAUGGCUUGGCCGUUCGAAGAGCAUGCUAUGGUGUACUAAGAUUCAUUAUGGAGAGUGGUGCCAAGGGCUGUGAGGUCGUGGUCAGCGGAAAGCUCAGAGCCGCCCGUGCAAAGAGCAUGAAGUUCACUGACGGCUUCAUGAUCCACUCCGGUCAACCUGUCAACGACUUCAUCGACAGUGCCACACGCCACGUCCUCCUCCGACAGGGUGUUUUGGGUAUCAAAGUCAAGAUCAUGCGCGGUAGCGACCCCGAAGGCAAAGCCGGACCCCAGAAAUCCCUCCCCGACUCCGUCACCAUCAUCGACCCCAAGGAAGAGCAACAGGUCGUGCAACCCAUGUCACAAGACUACGGUGCGAAGGCUCUGGCUGCACAAGCCGCAGCUCAGGACGCCCGGGCCGCCGAAGACCAGGAGAACGGUGCAACCGGCGGUGGUGAGGAGCAGCAGUUCGCACAGGAGUAG